CUUGUCCCGUUGGUUCAAUAGCAUUAGGCAUUAUAGGUUAUUUGAGCCCCACAUAAGCAGACGCCGCUUUAAACAAUUACAAAUUUUCAACAGUAAAAACGAGAAAAUGUGCGAACAGUACUGUGACAAGUUUGAGACCUUCAAUCCGGAGAUCGAGUUUGCCAAGUUUCAAAAACGCAAGCCCGUCGUAAGGACUGCCCAACUCUAUGAGAAUUUGCACAAGCGUGAGGACAUCAAGUGUCCCUACAGCUUCAAAGGUUAUGGAGUGGAAACGGAUGCCAACACAAUGUACCGCACCUGCAACUCCGAGUAUGGUUACUAUGCACCCAAUGCCUAUACCAUUCCGAAGCGCUUCUAUCCGUUGCCCCAGAGUUUCUCCAAUGAAGUCGUGCGUUUCGGCAUGUAUCGCAAUUUCUCCCUGAACACGCAUAUAGAUCGUACCUUCUACUAGGCAACAAAACACGAUGGCCCUAUAUUAUUUUAAACUUCAUACACAAUUUUACGAUUUCUUAUGAAAUUUUAAAUUUUAUUUUGGCCAUCAAGUACUACAACAUUAUUCGAAACCCUUACCUUAUUAAGCAACCUUGCGCAAAUCCAUCAACAAAUUUAAAACUGUAAAACGGCAUAAAAAUAAAUAGCAUUUCAAAAGAGUACCCGAA